AGAGUCUCGCUCUGUCGCCGAGGCUGGAGUGCAGUGGUGCGAUCUGGGCUCACUGCAAGCUCCGCCUGCCGGGUUCACACCAUUCUCCUGCCUCAGCCUCCCCAGAAGCUGGGACUACAGGCGCCCACCACCACACCCAGCUAAUAUUUUGUAUUUUUAGUAGGGAUGGGGUUUCACCGUGCUAGCCAGGAUGGUCUCGAUCUCCUGACCUCGUGAUCCACCCGCCUCGGCCUCCCAAAGUGCUGGGAUUACAGGCGUGAACCACCGUGCCCGCCCCUCCUUUUUUUUUUUUUGAGACGGAGUCUCGCUCUGUGCCCAAGCUGGAGUGAAGUGGCGCGAUCUCGGCUCACUGCAACCUCCGCCUCCUGGGUUCACGCCAUUCUCGUGCCUCAGCCUCCCGAGUAGCUGGGACUACAGGCGCCCGCCACCACGCCGGGCUAAUUUUUUUGUAUUUUUAGUAGAGACGGAGUUUCACCGUGUUAGCCAGGAUGGUGUCGAUCUCCUGACCUCGUGAUCCGUCCGUCUCGGCCUACCAAAGUGCUGGGAUUACAGGCGUGAGCCACCGCGUCCGGCCACCGCGCUCAGUCUCAGGUGGACCUCGAUGGCUGUCUCCAAGUGAUCUUGCCUGGAAGCCAGGCUGAUGGGAGCUCCAGACCAAAAGCCCCUUUCCCAUUCUCCACAGGUGGCUGCCAGGAGGCAAGCUUCUUUCUGGCAUAGUCUUCCCCACUGGAGCAGGGGAAGGGGGGCACCCAGCAGAUUGGGGGAGCACCCCUCCCUCUGUACCAUGCCUGUGAUUGGCUCAUAAUUACAGGUUUAUUGCCUGUACAGCUAUUGUGUAAUGACAUGUUUGCAAAUUAAUUUUUAUGGCUCCUGCCAUUAGCAUAUACAGUAGAGGAAGGUUUAGUAUUAAUUACUACUGUUGUUCGUGUAAUCCCGGAGAAUUAAAAACCAAUAAAAGAAUGACAACAGAAACUGAUAGUUUAGGGUCUUUUAAAAAUAGUUUUCUUUUUUUUUUCCCGUAAGUAAGAUGGGAGAUUUUUCCAGUUUGUGAGGGGCUACCGGGUGGGCGGUAGCUCACCCGGGCGGUCUAACCCGCGUCCUAGCCGCCCCCCGCCCCGCCCCCCAGGGGCGCAGAUUGUGCAGCUCGCGGGUGAUAAAUGGGUGGGAGGGAGACGCGGAGGCCCGGCGGGGGGCGCGGGGUGGGGGCAGGGAGGGCAGGUGCUGGACCGCGACCCCGCCGCCCCGCUUGCCAGGCAGCCGCCGGCGGCGGGUGCAAGGGGAGGCGCAGAGAGCUCGCCGCCACGCAGCUCCGGAAACAAAGGGCCGCCGGCGCCGAGGGCCUGGCGCGACCUCCAGGGUCAGCGCGGGGCGGAGCAGCCAGAGGCUGGCGGCGGGCGCGGGCGGCCCCGAGCGGCCGGUUUCCUCCAGGUCAGCAGCUCUGGCGCCCUCCCCUGCGCCCGCGUGCGCUAGGCCGCCCGCGGGGAGGGGGCGCCAGGCGGGGCGCAGCAGCGAGCUUGGGGACUCAAAGACGCUCCUCGCACCCCGGCGGCCGAGCCCCGGAGGAAGGCGGCCGCCAGCACGCCGCAGCCACCGAGCCGCUGGCGGCGGCGGGGAAGAGCGCCACCUCUCCCUUGGCUCCGAGCGCUCCGCCCAGCUCAUUUAAGAAUUUUUCUGGCGGGGUAGGCGAGGGUUUGGCAAGUGGCUUGGAGAGGUCAAAAGGCACGCCGCUCCCCCCACUGCCCCACCUCCUCCAAUUUGCCCUCCGGAGCUUUUCUCUAGGGUAUCGUAUUCCGGGAGUUCAACUGUCAUUUGAAGCCGCUGCAUUUAGCAGGGACCCCGGGGCUGCCGCUGGGGACCCCUGAUUUACGCAGUGGUUGGAGAGCGUUGGCAGGAACCCAAGCUUGGUGUGACCGCGGUGCCCCGCCGUGUGUACCUGCGGGCUCAGGUCUGUUCCUCAAACCAUGAUUGUAUCUGGGGUCAAAAGGUGACCCCUUAGUGUUACCAAGUCAUGAUUCCGGCUGGUUGUGCCACCGAGGGGCCCCUCAGGAGGUAAAAGGGCUUGAAAAUAAAUUGUCACAUCAAGAGGCAGCUUUGCAGCGUGCGUUUAAGGAGAGAGUGGGGGGACGUGGGUAAAUGGAUCCUGUCUCUUUAAAAUCGCUGGGCUGGACAAUGAGCGCACAGGAUGUGGUUUGGCGGCAGGGUUUUUUCCCCUUCGAUUUGGGGAAUUAUCACAUGGGGCCUUCUUGAGCUGGUGUGAAAGGGAGGCGGCGUGGGGAGGAGAGAUACAGGCUCCACACUCACACUCUCUGUGCAGUUGAUCGUUUUCUUAAACCAAAUUAGCCGGGGCUUUCGUUACUAUGGUGCAGCCAGGGCUUGCAGAAUCCCAGUAAUAGCAUUUAUUAGGUCUAUUUGCCUGGAAGCAUGCCUUCCCGGAUCUGAUAAUGCACCAGUGCAGGGAGAGUGUGGGAGAUGCUAUCAAGCAUUUGAUUACACUUGCAACAGGGAUUUUUAAGGGGUGGGGUGCGGGGUGAGGGGUGAGAGGAAAAGAAAGGAGGGAAACAAACCGCUCGCCCGAGGAGCUCACCAGGGCCGGCCGGCGUGUGCGUUGCCGCAGCCCCGCGUGGGUUCCACAAAAGGCGGCCCCGAGUCCCCGGGUCACGGUUUGGGGAUUCUCCUCCCGGGUCCUGGCGGAGGGCGAACUCCCGGCUCCCGCAGCUGUCAGUCGUGGGUGGGGUGGGAGGGAGGACGGGCGGGCGGGCGGCCAGAGCUCGGAGUUGGGUAGCCGGAGGGGGGGACCAGCGGCGCCCGCAGCCGCCCACUGUUUGCAAACGGCCCCCGCUUCGGAGCGAAGGGGAGCACCCUGCCUUCGGCAGCGGCACCCUCCCCGGGUUAGGAGAGGCGAGCCCGGCUUCCUGCGCCCCGCUCCCCGUCCGCAUGGAUCUGCCGCCCGGCUCGGCGGCCGCGCGGGGGGAAGCUCGCAAGUGAAACUAUUAUUAUCGCCCUGCGAAGCAUGGAGCUGUUGGAAGAUGCCGCGUAGAGACGGAAGGAGCCGCCGCCGCCGCCGCCUUCAGCCGCCCGCCGCUGUGCCCCUACCCUUUCGCUUUCAUUAGGGGAGACAAAUCUGCUGUCAGGCAGCCAGCUUUCCAAUUUACCGAUAAUGAUUCUUGCAUGAAAAUUGAUCGAGGGGCUCUCCACCGCCGUGCGCUCUCGCCUCCCCGCUCUCCUCCUGCCUCCUUCUGCCCAGGCGCCAGAGCCCCCGCGAGUUCUUUCUCCUCCUUCUUCCACCCCCUCUCUCUGAGUCAGUGGUGGGACGCCGGGCCAGGGAGAUAACCAAAAAAGGGGGGGGAGGGGUGUUGGUGGCGAGAGGGGGAGGGGAGCCGGCUCCCCGGCCUGCUUUCUCCUGCCGGAGACUUGUUUGCAAUCGCCGCCUCUUUUAUUUACGAGAAGAAAUCUCCCCCUCGGUACUUCUUGGCUGUUUGGGUAUUAAUUUUCUCCUCUCCCCUCUCCCGCUCGCCCCCUCCUCCUCUCCCCGCCACCCCGCCCCUCCUCACCCAGUAGCUAAGGGGAAACAAAACAAAGCCGAUUUCUCCUUGGCAACAAGAGAUACCCCCUCCCGCCGCCCCCCCCUUCCUUUUUCCUUCUGGUUCUGAACGUGAAACCCUGUUGGAAACAGGUCUCUUGACCCUCGCCCUUGACAUUCAAAUGGCUGAAUGGAGGAGAGAUUGCUACUCGCACGUCUUGGGGGCUGAUUUUUUUUCUUUCCCCCCCUCUCUCUUUUCCUUUACAAAUGAGUAAUCCCUGAAGAUCUUAACCCCCCAAUUUCAUCACCCUCACCUCCCCCCUUUAUUUUUCUCUCGCUCCUCUUCCCCGCCUGCUUCCCUCCGCCGCGCUCCCCCCUCCUUUUUUUUAUUUGCAUCUCAAGUCCAAAAGGCAGAAAAUACACACGCGGCGAAGACACCCGGGCAGCCGUGGAGGCUCCGGCCCGUCCUUGGUCGUCAAUUACCUCAUUGUGGAUCUGCCAGGGCCAAGGUGGCCGAAGUUGCCCGGGCGCUGGUCGGAGAGAGAGCCUUUUGAUCAUCUUGGUGGGGGGGGGAAAGACUGAUUUUUUUUUUCGUCGCUCUCGGGAUCGCUCUUCUGCCUUUAUUUUAUUGUUUUGGACAUUUUUGAGCGCCGUGGUUUGAACGGUGCUUUUUGUUCAUUCCUGGGUUUUAAUAUUAUUUUCCUUGUUCAUCCCUCUCUGGCAACUAUGGAAUUCUAAUUUGAACCAUGUUUGGAUUGAAGCCGCCUCUGUAUUACUUACCAGGCAUGAGCCAUGAGCCCAAGUCCCCUUCGCUAGGGAUGCUUUCCACCGCGACCAGGACCACCGCCACCGUCAACCCCCUCACCCCCUCGCCGCUCAAUGGCGCCCUGGUGCCCAGCGGCAGCCCCGCCACCAGCAGCGCGCUGUCGGCUCAGGCCGCGCCGUCCUCCAGCUUUGCCGCCGCGCUGCGCAAGCUCGCCAAACAGGCGGAGGAGCCCAGAGGGUCCUCACUGAGCAGCGAGUCGUCCCCUGUGUCCUCUCCGGCCACCAACCACAGCUCCCCCGCCAGCACACCCAAGCGCGUGCCCAUGGGCCCUAUCAUCGUCCCCCCUGGGGGCCACAGCGUGCCCAGCACACCCCCCGUGGUGACCAUCGCUCCAACCAAAACCGUCAAUGGCGUCUGGAGGAGUGAGAGCCGGCAGGAUGCCGGCUCCAGGAGCAGCAGUGGAGGUCGGGAGCGCCUCCUUGUGGAGCCCCCGCUCCCUCAGGAGAAGGCAGGGGGCCCAGCCAUCCCCUCGCACCUGCUCAGCACCCCCUACCCCUUCGGCCUCUCCCCCAGCUCAGUCGUGCAGGAUUCCCGCUUCCCGCCACUCAACCUCCAGCGGCCUGUGCACCACGUGGUGCCCCCCAGCACCGUGACUGAGGACUACCUGAGAAGCUUCCGGCCCUACCACACCACCGACGACCUCCGCAUGUCCUCACUGCCUCCCCUCGGCCUGGACCCGGCCACUGCUGCGGCUUACUACCAUCCCAGCUACCUGGCCCCACACCCCUUCCCCCACCCGGCCUUCAGGAUGGACGACUCCUACUGCCUGUCUGCCCUGAGGUCCCCAUUCUACCCCAUCCCCACCCCCAGCUCCCUGCCCCCACUGCACCCAUCAGCGAUGCACCUCCACCUCUCUGGGGUCCGCUACCCCCCCGAGCUCUCCCACUCAUCCCUAGCAGCGCUGCACUCGGAGCGCAUGUCUGGCCUCAGUGCAGAGAGGCUGCAGAUGGACGAGGAGCUAAGGCGGGAGAGGGAGCGCGAGCGUGAGCGUGAGGCUGACCGCGAGCGGGAGAAGGAACGUGAGCGUGAACGCGAGAAGGAGCGCGAGCAAGAGAAGGAGCGUGAGCGUGAGAAGGAGCGCGAGCGUGAGCUGGAGCGCCAGCGGGAGCAGCGGGCCCGGGAGAAGGAGCUGCUGGCCGCCACGGCCCUGGAGCCCACCUUCCUGCCUGUGGCCGAGCUGCAUGGGCGGCGUGUCCAUGCCACUGAGGAGCGAGGCAAGCCCUCGGAGCAGCUGACCCCAACCCGAGCAGAGAAGCUGAAGGAUGCCGGCCUGCAGACGCCCAAGCCCGUGCAACACCCCUUGCAUCCGGUGCCCGCCCCACACCACACGGUGCCCAGCCUCAUCUCCAACCAUGGCAUCUUCUCUCUGCCUAGCAGCAGUGCUGCCACAGCCCUGCUGAUCCAGCGCACCAAUGAGGAGGAGAAGUGGCUGGCGCGGCAGCGGCGGCUGCGGCAGGAGAAGGAGGACCGGCAGUCUCAGGUGUCGGAGUUCCGGCAGCAGGUGCUGGAGCAGCACCUGGACAUGGGCCGGCCCCCGGUGCCGGCGGAGGCAGAGCACAGGCCGGAGAGCACCACCAGGCCAGGACCAAACCGUCACGAGCCAGGUGGCCGCGACCCUCCGCAGCACUUUGGGGGGCCACCACCUCUGAUUUCACCCAAGCCCCAGCUCCAUGCUGCACCCACGGCCCUCUGGAACCCCGUGUCCCUGAUGGACAACACCUUGGAGACGCGGCGGGCCGAGAGCCACUCUCUGCACAGCCACCCGGCUGCAUUUGAGCCCUGCCGCCAGGCAGCCGUGCCGCUGGUGAAAGUGGAGCGGGUCUUCUGCCCGGAGAAAGCAGACGAGGGGCCACGGAAGCGUGAGCCUGCCCCUCUGGACAAGUACCAGCCACCUCCGCCGCCACCACGAGAGGGAGGGAGCCUGGAGCACCAGCCCUUUCCGCCUGGGCCUGGGCCCUUCCUGGCUGAGCUCGAGAAGUCCACCCAGACCAUCCUGGGCCAGCAGCGGGCCUCCCUCCCACAGGCGGCCACCUUCGGGGAGCUCAGCGGACCCCUGAAGCCUGGCUCGCCCUACCGGCCCCCAGCGCCACGGGCACCCGACCCUGCCUACAUCUAUGAUGAGUUCCUGCAGCAGCGCCGGAGGCUGGUCAGCAAGCUGGACCUGGAGGAGCGCAGGCGGCGGGAGGCCCAGGAGAAAGGGUACUACUACGACCUCGAUGACUCUUACGAUGAGAGCGAUGAGGAGGAGGUCAGGGCCCACCUCCGUUGCGUGGCCGAGCAGCCGCCCCUCAAACUGGACACGUCCUCUGAGAAGCUAGAGUUUUUGCAACUUUUUGGCUUGACCACCCAACAGCAGAAGGAGGAAUUGGUGGCCCAGAAGCGGAGGAAGCGGCGGCGGAUGUUGCGAGAGAGAAGCCCGUCGCCCCCAACAAUUCAGAGCAAGCGGCAGACGCCUUCACCGAGACUGGCGCUGUCUACCCGCUACAGCCCCGACGAGAUGAACAACAGUCCCAACUUCGAAGAAAAGAAGAAGUUCCUGACCAUCUUCAACCUGACCCACAUCAGCGCCGAGAAGAGGAAAGACAAAGAGAGACUUGUUGAAAUGCUCCGUGCCAUGAAGCAGAAGGCACUGUCAGCAGCAGUGGCCGACUCCUUGACAAACUCUCCGAGGGACAGUCCUGCCGUCUCCCUGAGUGAACCAGCCACACAGCAAGCCUCUCUGGAUGUGGAGAAGCCGGUUGGUGUUGCUGCUUCUUUGUCUGACAUCCCAAAGGCCGCAGAGCCUGGGAAGCUGGAACAGGUCCGGCCCCAGGAGCUGUCGAGAGUCCAGGAGCUAGCUCCUGCCAGCGGGGAGAAGGCCAGGCUGAGCGAGGCCCCUGGAGGCAAAAAGAGCCUGAGCAUGCUUCACUACAUCCGGGGCGCUGCACCCAAGGACAUUCCUGUGCCGCUGUCCCACAGCACCAAUGGGAAAAGCAAGCCAUGGGAGCCCUUUGUGGCAGAAGAGUUUGCACAUCAGUUCCACGAGUCAGUGCUGCAGUCCACCCAGAAGGCCCUGCAGAAGCAUAAAGGGAGCGUGGCUGUGCUGUCCGCAGAACAGAACCACAAGGUUGACACGUCCGUCCACUACAACAUUCCUGAGCUGCAGUCCUCCAGCCGCGCCCCUCCACCCCAGCACAAUGGGCAGCAGGAGCCCCCCACUGCAAGGAAGGGCCCCCCAACCCAGGAGAUGGACCGGGACUCGGAGGAGGAGGAAGAGGAGGAGGAUGAAGAUGGAGAAGAUGAGGAGGAAGCCCCCAGGCGCAAGUGGCAAGGGAUCGAGGCCGUUUUUGAAGCUUACCAGGAACACAUAGAAGAGCAAAAUCUGGAGCGGCAGGUGUUACAGACACAAUGCAGACGACUGGAGGCCCGGCACUACAGCCUCAGCCUGACGGCAGAGCAGCUCUCCCACAGCGUGGCGGAGUUGAGGAGCCAGAAACAGAAGAUGGUCUCAGAACGGGAACGGCUCCAGGCAGAACUGGACCACUUACGAAAGUGCCUUGCCUUGCCUGCAAUGCACUGGCCUAGGGGCUACCUGAAGGGAUACCCCAGGUGACGGUUUCCCUUGCACUAGGCCGAACCUAUAGUAUAGAAAUAUUAUCUAUUUUAUUACCUUGAAUAUUUAAUAUUUUUCACUGGGAGGUUUGAAGCUUACAAAAUGAGAAUGUGCCAUGCAUGAAGCAAAGGAUUCCAGGCUCCAGAAAAAAAGAACUCACUCACCUUGACGUCAAUGCAAUUGAAUCACCAUUGUCAUUCAGCGAGCAACCGAUGUAGGAUUGCCCAUAGUUUUUCUUUUUAAAGGUGGUUUUAGCCCUUCCUCUCCCACAUUAUUUCUUAAUCUGAACAUGAAGGCUGCAUUAGCAACACUAAAACUUGAUCAUUCACAGCCCGCUGUGCAUAUGAGUGGAUCAAACCGGUUCUGUUCUUUCUUGUGUUGCCGUGUCACUAUGCCUCAAGCCCAGUUUGCUUUUGCCGCAGUGAUGGGGCCAGUCUCAUUCCUCCCCAGGAGUGAAACUUGCUUCAGCUGAAAAGGUUGGGUGCAUUAUAAGUAAAAAGGGCUUAUUUGUUUCAUUUACUUUCCUGCAAAAUUUUCUUCAAAGCAACAAGUCCUAGGAGCACACAAAGCAACCCAAAGGCUUUUCCCUGGAAAAGCUCUUACCUAAAGAUAAAACCAAUUCACAAACUGAAGGUACCUUUUUAUUACUCCGUGGGGAGCAUGUACAGAGCUCUGUGUAUACACAGCUUCACACCCACCACAUUGUUACUACAGUGGGUGGGGUUUUCAUACAGACGUAAAUUUUGAGAGAAAAGUCAAAGGUGCUUCAGCCUUGUACUGUGUAUAUAUAUUAAAAAAAAACAAAGUUUUGUAUGUUUUUAUUACUUUAACUAUUGUUAUAAAAAGCCUGCCAUUUUUAAUAUGUGGUUUGGGGGAUUUUUGUUUGUUUUUCCUGUUUGGGGGUUUUGUUUGUUGUUUUGGUUUUUUUGGGCAAAAAAAAAAAAACCUUGCUUUUAGUGUUUGUACUGCUGCUGGUCAGGACAUUAAAAUAUUGAAGUGUUUUUAAAAAUUAAAGAAGAAGAAAAGUAAAAGAGCUUACCACUGGCGCCUAUGCGAUCACUUCAUUUUUAGUUUGAGUUGCACCAGAAGCUGCCGUAGAAAGCCAUGCGCUACUGCUUACCUCCUCCACUCCCCCUCCCCGCCCCCAGCAUCUGGACAAGCUAAUAGCAAAUAUUACCCAUUGCUAUCAAGGGAGGAGGGGGUAGUCUAUAGAACCUAUGUGUGACAGUCAUGUGCACACAUGGGUGGGGACUUUCAAAAACCUUUCAGGAAGUAAAUGAUUUCUGUGAUAGAAUUCUAAGGUGUCUGAGAGCAGGUACAGAAUAGGAACUUCAGAGGCUUUAUUUAAAUGCAAAGCUUUGUAAAAGCCACAAGGUCUGAGCUGAACCCCUCCUUUUUGAACUUACUGUGACAAGCACAGGAACGGUCAGAAACUGGGCUCAUCACACCAAGGCAAAGCAAUGGGCGAGUCUUCCUCCUUGUCCUAGUUACUGCUUAUGGAGGCAGUGUUUGUUUAGAUCAAGAAGGCCUCUCUUGCUCCCAAAGGCCCUCACCAGAGGCCAGGGCUGCCAGUCACUGGUCUGGGGGGUGGAGGCCUGAGCUGAGGGCAGGGUGCCUGACCUGUGUGCCGGCUGCUCACUGCUGUGACCAGCGGCCGAGCCCUUGGCCCUAGCCCGUGCUGCGCAGAACAGCUUGCUGGCAGCCGGCAUCGUGUCGCUUUAUCUGCCCCCACACAGUUUGCUUUGUACGUCUGCCAAGAAUCUUCCGGUUAUUAGCAAACUCAGACAAAUGUGCCGCCAGUAUUGUCAGCAGUCAGCAAGCGCCUUCCUCUCCACAGAAGCCGCUGGAAGAGAGCUCGAGGGCUGUGCUGCAGGCCUCCCCUCGACAGACACUGGGAGGUCAGCAUGUUCCACAGGUGUUCAGAGGGAGUCUGCUACAAACUAUCAGGGCAAAAUCUCACUGGAUUUCUCCACUGAAAACCUACUUGAGGUUUUUGGUCUGAAGGCUUAAGAGUCACAUCUUAGUACUUCAGCUCUCAGGCCGCCUCCUCCAUCACAGAUGUCUGGAUGCUUUUGGUAACGGCCUUGGCUAAAGUAAAAGGGAAAAGUAGAUCCGAUAACUUUUAAAAACAUAGCUCAUCCCUUACCAUCCAAGGGGGCGCUCCCUUGGUUGGAUUUUCUGUGACAGCACAGGGGACAGGUGGCACACCAUGAGAGGUCUGCCCAGGGUGGGAGCAGUGUCCCUGUGCUAGCAAUAGUUGGCUUCUCCCCUGCCAGUGGAAACCCCACUUCUGCCCGGCCCUUGAGCUUCUUGCCCACUGUCUCCCCAUCCUUCCACCUACUUGUGGCGAUCUGAGUAUUCUUGCUCAAGAAGUAAUACGACAAUCAGAAUACAAACCAGUAAGGCAACACGAAUAAACUAAGAAAAAGGUAAGAACUGUCUCUCAAAAACGAAAGCACACCACCCAAGACACAGUACCCAGUCAUGGUUUUCCCAUCCAACUAUUAGUUUCAUACUUUGAAAACUUACUUUCAGAUUAUUCUCAAAGAACACAGUAGCACCUAAAUCUGUUUUCAAUUGGGCUUAAAAAUUGACAUGCAAUCUCUUAAGUUUUUUGUUCAGCUACUUCACAUUGAAUACAUCAAAUCUGCUCUGGAGUCGAUUAUGCCACCUGUGUGUCAGGAUGUACGUGAAAGCCCUCGGCUCGGUCCUUGGACCAUCUUCCUACAUUACCUGGAAGGGAGCUGCCAUCUGUCCCUCUGCAGAGGGAUACCUUCCAAUAGUAAAUUAUCUGGUUCCUCAUCGAAACAAGUUAUUUUUGUUUCAUACAGUCAGAGCCAGACUGACAUGAUAAAAUAUCAUGUUCCUAAUCCAUUGUCUCAGAGAAGUGACCAAGACGGGAUUUUUCCACAUUUUAGUCUAUAUUCUAAUCUUAAAGGAAUAAAGCACUGAAUUGGGAAUAACAUUUGAUAGGUUGCACCCUUAAGAGUAUUCAGAGAGCAUCAAAAGGAGCCCACACCUUCAGCAGCGAAGGAUUCUAACAGGGAAUCUGCAGUUUGUAGCAGAACGGUAUUUUCCUCAAGUAGCUCAUAAUACUGCCAAAUCUCAAAAAUUAAGCUGAAUUUCAAUUACUACCCCUUUCCCUGAGCCACGUGUUUCACACAAGUGUAGAAAAUUCCAGGGAUCCACCACAAGAUGGAGAUGGUCAGCACAAACCGAUUCUGUUCCUCUUUAAAGUGUAUAUUAGCCACUUAGCAAUCUCUAUAUUCUUUCAAGUAACCAAGCUGUUGACUUUCUUACUACUUGGAGUAGCCUGUCCCCAACUUUUCGAUCCAGUGCUUAACCUAAAAAACUCCUUAACUCUGCCUUGACCUGAGGAAGACCAUGCUAAUUGGUGUUAUUUUGUAUGUACCCUGUGCUUAAUUCUAGAACAGUAAACCCAUACACAGGUGGGAGGGAGGAACACCAGUGCCUCGGUCACUCUGGGGGCAGUUUAGAUGCUGUGAAAUUAAACCUGUUCUAAGUGUACUUGUUUGAAUUAAUUGUAUUGUAAUAUUAUUUGUUGAAUGUAGUAAUUAGGUAUUUAUGAAUAUAUUGCUGUAAUUUCUGACAACAUCCAAAAAAUAAAAUCUUCCUAAAUCA